ACAGGCAGCCUACUUACCGACGGACCGACGGGAGUUCUGCCGGCGCAGUCCCUCAGAUCAAUUCUCGAGCGCCACAGACGCCCACGGACCCAAAGAGGCACGGUCCCCGUGGGAACAGCACCAGUACUUCAUCUCCUCGCUCGCUGCCACUGCCCUCUUCCUCCAGGCCUCUGUAUCCCGAGUGGUCUCAUCCUCCUUCUCUCCGACUUGGGCUGCCCUCGCUCUCCCGCCCAACUCGCGACAUCUCCAUUUGGCUGGUAUCCAAUGGACGCAUCGCACUCUCAACACCCCCGGCCUGGACAGUCCGCCCGCGUCCUCCACUUCUUAUCGGGUACCCCUUCGCGGCCGUCCUCACCUGCCCGUUCCUCCCGCUCGCCGGCAAGUUUUGCAUCGGUGGAACACCCCAUGGACGAGAAGAGGAGCGAGAAGCCCCCGCUUGACGCGCUCCCGUACGCGGUCGGCCAGCAACCGCGGUGUUCACAGUGUCAGUGCGCUCUCCCGGAUUCCUCCCACCCUCCUCAUUCCGCGUCCCUCCACCCGUCGAUGCACUCCGCGCGACCAUCACUACCAUCAUCACUCCUUGCGACCUCGUCUCCCCUCGCUGCCUCGAGCUGGACCGCGACAACACCCGCCUACACGCGUCCACGAGGACUACGGAUAGUUAACCUACUCAAACCUUGGACUCCUAUAAUCUUGUAUGCUCUGACGAGUCUUGGGUUCCUCGCUGCCAUCAGCCUUUGGAAAGCCGAGGUCUUCGCGGGCCUUGACGCUCUCGCACAUUGGUUGCAGUCAGAUCUAUACUUAGGUUAUGCCGUAAUCUCUCUCCUCGUCUUCGUGACCACAUUCCCUCCUAUGCCGCUGUACUCAACCCUCAUUAUACUCUCUGGCUAUACCUUCGGGGCUUGGACCGGCGCUGUCCUCUCCUACUUCGCUUCCUUGGCUGGCGCCGUCGUUGUGUUCUGUAUCUCGCGCGCUUUCCUCCGCCAGCAAAUCUCGCGAUGGCUCUCAUGCACCGUUACGAUCAAGCGGGUGGUGCGGGUGGUAGAGAAGCGGCCACAGCUGCUCUUCUUGAUCCGCCUCGCUCCCUACCCGUAUAACGUCAUGAACUGUUUGCUCGCGGCGUCACCCAGCCUCACGUUCCGCACGUACUUCAUGUGCACCGCGCUCUCGCUCUUCAAGCUCAUCAUCCACACGACGAUUGGCGCAUCAAUCCACUCGUUCGCGGAGUACCACGUGAAGCCGGGUGCGCAUGCAAGCGAGAACAACCUCGGCCGCUACUCCUCCAUCGCGGGCAUCGCGCUCUGUGUCGGCGUCUUCGUCUACAUCUCCGUCAUCACGCGGAGAGCGGUAAACGAGGAGCUCAAGGACGACGACGUGAUUGUCGACAGCGAGGAGCGGAUAGCCUUCCUCAGUGGUGCGGCCGCCAGCACCGACGACCUCGAGGCGCAGAUGGUCGAGAGACCAUCAUCGCCUCUGCCAAUGACGAGCGUAUGAGACCCGGACAUUCAGGAUAUGGACUUCGAUUUGUGUUAUAAGUGGCCCCUUGUUACAGUAUAGUUCGCGUCGCUCGUUUCACGCAGACGCGGGAGGUCGGACUCCAGUAAUGGUCGCACGCCGAUUGGUAGUGCGUCGGACACUUUGUGUCGCUCUUGUACGUAUACAGAUAGUCAUACAGUAGCUACUUAGCUCGCCCUACUUUCUUCGUUCUUGCCAGUCGCUCGCACGUGUACAAGAGUCGCUCUUUUGCUGUGGAAUAGACAGUUGUUGAUUGGUCCGCGCGGGGGUGUGUUCGACACCCUCCCGGAGCGACCGACUUUUUGGUGUUCA